AUGGAUAAGGAUGCUCUACUGGACUAUGAGUACCCAGACCUGGAUCCUCUGCCAUCCAAAAAUGAAGCAGAAAUAAUCCCUCCAUGUGACCCUACUGCUGAUGACAGACUCUACCAUAUAUGCAUCACUGCCAUAUCUCUUGUUGUCAUGCUGAUCCUAGCAAUCUUAGCCAGACGCAUGAAGGUGGGCGACAGACAGAAAGGACUCCCAGGUUUACUCAGUCCAGUCAACUUCCUGGAUCAUACACAGCACAAGGGCCUGGCAGUGGCUGUGUUUGGAGUGCUCUUGUGCAAACUAUGGGGCCUGGUCAUAUCGCCAAACCCCCUCCCCUUCACAACAGACUCUGAGAACAAACAGAACUGGGUGAUUCUGGGAGUCUUCUACUAUCCCGCGCUAUACUACCCUCUCCUGGCAUGUGGCACCUUGCAUAAUAAAGUUGGCUAUGUACUUGGCAGCCUCUUGUCAUGGACACACUUUGGUGUUCUGGUAUGGCAGAAAAUUAACUGUCCCAAAACACCUCUGAUACACAAACACUACUCCCUUUUCUCCAGCCUGCCCCAGAUAGCUUGCUUGGCAUUCCUUAGUUUCCAGUAUCCCCUUCUUCUAUUCAAGGGCCUAAAGGGCACUGAAAAGAACAAUGCUACAGAGGAUCUAAGCAGCAGCUACUAUAAAGACUAUGUGAAGAAAAUGCUCAAGAAGAAGCAGCCUGCCAAAAUCAGCACAUCAAGCACGGAGACGCCCAAGCUCCCUCAAAGAAUAAUUGACGCUGUGAAGUCAUAUAUUUAUACACCAGAGGAAGCUUUCCGUUUUCCACUGAAGUUGGCAAUAUCUGGUGUAGUAUCAUUCAUAACACUGUAUCAGGUGGGUCUUCUACUGAUCUCGGCAGUGGUGCCACAUCUCCAGACCGCCCGUUUGGGAGUCGAUGAGGACGUCGCUAACCUUUUGGCUGGCUUCAAGAUUAUGCUGUCUCCAGACAAACAUGAAGUGGUCAGAAUCGUGGUUUAUUACAUGUGGUGUGUGGAGGUGUGCUAUAUCUCAGCAAUGACCCUAUCUGGCUUGGUCAACCUGGCUUUGCUCAUGCGGUCUAUGGUUCUACAUCGGUCAAACCUGAAGGGGCUGUACAGAGGAGAUAUCUAUAAUGUUUACAACUGCCAGAGAAGUAUCAGGGCUUCCCGGCCUGCACUGGUCUGCUGGAUGGGAUACACCAGCUUUACAGCAGCUCACAUUUGCAUCGGCAUGAUCGUGCAGACCAUGGUGUUCUUCCUCUGCCUUCUGAUCGCUGUCUUCCUCAUUAUCAUACCUGUUCUGCACAGACAGAAUCUGAUUCUCUUUCAGAUCCUGUUAAGCAUGUGGCCCUUCUGGCUGAUGAUCCUCUUGGCUGUGUUGAUUCAGCAUAUCACCGCCAGGUUUUGCUUCAUCAAAAAAACAGCAGGCACUCGAGACCUGGACAACAGGGGUAAUCUGUUCCUGCUGACGUACCUGCUUUUCCCAGUCAAUGUUCUGAUCGGGGUGCUGUUGGCGCUCUGGCGCAUGAUCAUCACAGCCCUGUUCAACAUUGUUCACAUGGGACGCAUGGAUAUCAGUCUUCUUAACCGCAACGUGGAGGCAUUUGACCCAGCCUACCGCUGCUAUGCUCAUUAUCUGAAGAUUGAGGUGAGCCAGUCUCACCCUGUGAUGAAGGCCUUCUGCGGGAUGUUGCUACAGUCUGUGGGCCAGGAUAGCAAUGCUGCACAGAGGACACGGGAUGCUGAAGAGGGGAUCCAGCUGGUCCAGCAGGAGAAGAAACAGCACAAAGUGUCCAGUGCCAAGAGGGCCCGCGGGCACUGGCAGCUCCUCUACACCCUGGUGAACAACCCCUCCCUGGUGGGCACCAGGAAACACUUCCAGCGUCAGACCGCAGAGAGCUUUCUGAAUGGAAGCCUCAACCGCAGCACCAAGGAGGGGAGCAAAAAGGAGGCAGCAACCAAGGAGGCAGAAGCUGCUGCCAGCAACUGAUUAUGAAUGUGACCCUGAUUAAGGAUUUUCUGCAAAGUCUCUCUUGGUUUUGGGCAAAUUUUACUGUCACAUUAUUUGUCUAAACCUGCUGUAGAUGUAUCUGCAUUUGGUGAAAUAAGUGCACUUAUAGUGCAGUGUCUAGAGAGGCACUGUAGAGAUAUUCAACAAACCCUUUUUUUCUGUUUGUCUGGAGGUUGCGUGUUUACUUUGUGCUCUUCAUGUUCUCCUGGCCAUUGAUGUGCGAGAACCACAGUCUCCAGCCUGAUGGGAAAGCUUGUGUGGCACUGCUCUCCCAACUAAACACACUCAUUAUGUGUCAUUUUCAACACUUUUAUGUGCUUUUUUUGGGAUAGCAUUCUUGUCAUAUUUCAACUUACAGGUUAAUCGCAUGUUUUCCAAUAUAUUGCUAUUAUCAUAUAGUGCAGAUAAUGCAAAAUAGUAAUUGCCCAAACUAAACACACGGAUGUCCAAUCCACUGACGCAUCCCUUUAAAUAGGGUAUUUAUAUGUAGAGCUUUUCACUAUUUAUAACAGAAUGAACGGUUUUCAUAGACUGGGUAAUAAAUUUACUUUUUUUUUUUUUCAAUUCUACACACGUUGUGUAAUGAACAGUAACCUGUGGAAUAAGACCUACCAGACAGAUUAAACAGUUUUUGGUUUAUUUGUAGACAUUUAAGUCCAAAACCACUUGCUGCUACCAGCGUUUGCUUAUUGUUGUCUAAAAUCCUAUCUGGUUUCUGAUAUUCAUCAACAUUACAGCGUCUGACUCUGCAUUGACAUUUAAAAUGACUUUUAAGUGAAAAUAUAAACAUCCGAAUUUUCCUCCUGAUUACUGUGAAAAUAAAACUGAAACACG